CCCAUUGGGGAUACAGCCAUAAGGAAAGGGAGGAAGGGUAGUCUCCAUGUGUAUGAUUUUGCAAUGAAACAUAACCUCACAUUUCUUAUGUUAAUCCUAAGUUAAUCGAAAAAGAAAAUACAAUAAUACAUUUGAAACAUUUGAUAAUUCUUACGAUAAAAAAUAAUCUCAUAAGAUGAUGACUGAUAUUGGAGAAGCAGCGGCUGUUGAGGUUCAACCCCAGAUUGAAACAAGUAAAAGGCAAAAUGUUGCUGAUGUUUCAAAAGCCGGGAAAGAACUCACUACUGGUAUAUUGGCUGUGUAUCAAGCGCCCUUGGAACAGAUACAAAACGAGCUAGGAGAAUUAACAAAUAAACAGGAAACCCUUAUCAGUCAAAUGCAAGUGGAAAUUAAAAAAUUGGGUGAGACUCAAGAGGAUAUUGAUUUAAAUGAACUGUUUUCAGCAGUUAAAGUCUAUCAGGCGAAAUUGGCCUCUAUCAAGAAAAAAAUACUAAUUAUUCAUGAACGAACUUUCAAAUUAAAAAAGCGUGCCUUACGUCUGCAGCACAUGAAACAAAAGGAGGCUUUGACUAGAGAACAACGCGAAAAGGAGCUAAUUGGAAAGCCGCUAACAACUUAGUUACUGAAUCGAGAAAUAUUAGUAAAAAUUAAAAAAUAUAUAAUAAUUUUGUGUGUAAUAAGAAUAA